UUGAUGACGUGUAUGAAGGGGUCCUUCGGACUUCCGGGUGUGUGUAAACAGCUCACAAACCAGCGUCGCCUCGCCUGAAAUAUGUCCAAAGUUACGUUUAAAAUUACACUGACGUCGGACCCCCGGCUCCCGUUCAAAGUACUGAGCGUCCCUGACAGCACACCAUUCACAGCAGUUCUGAAGUUUGCUGCUGAGGAGUUCAAAGUGCCCCCAGCCACCAGCGCCAUCAUCACUAAUGACGGAAUAGGAAUCAACCCCGCACAAACGGCAGGGAACGUGUUCCUCAAACACGGCUCGGAGCUGCGCCUCAUUCCCAGAGACCGAGUGGGAGGGCGAGGAGACGGACGCCGCUGGUCUGCGGCGAGAAGACAAUGACUCAGCCCCGCGUCCUAUUUAUGUACUCGGCCGUGCACAGUAAGCGCGCAGACGUACGCUAACAUGGCUCGCUGCACGCUUCAGUCUGUAAGUGGAAGUAACAAAUAUGUCUUUUUGUUUUUUUAAUCUUUGUAAAUGACAAUAAAAACAACACUCAUGGCACGCAA